GGGGGAAUGAGAUGAAAUAGAAAAGAGGCUCGGCUCGUCUGCUGCGACCAAAAUCAAAAUCAGAAUCAGAUGUCGGCACAGAGACAGAGGAGCGGGGUGGUGCUGCCGUCGAGCUCACGGUUCGUGACCCAGACGGUUAACGGGUCCCACCAGUUCCUGAUCAAAGGGUAUUCCCUGGCCAAAGGAAUCGGCGUCGGAAAGCACAUCGCCAGCGAGAACUUCACCAUUGGAGGUUACCAGUGGGCCAUCUACUUCUACCCGGACGGCAAAAACCCCGAGGACAACUCCGCCUACGUCUCCGUCUUCAUCGCUCUCGCUUCCGAGGGCACCGACGUCCGAGCCCUCUUCGAGUUGACCCUCGUCGAUCAAGGCCCCGACGCCAAGCACAAGGUCCACUCCCAUUUCGAUCGCUCCCUUGAGAGCGGGCCCUACACCCUCAAGUACAGAGGCAGCAUGUGGGGCUACAAACGCUUCUACAGACGCACUAUGCUCGAGUCUUCCACAUUUCUCAAGGAUGAUUGCUUGAAAAUCAACUGCACCGUCGGCGUUGUGGUUUCUGCCAUUGAUAGUUCCAGGCUGCACUCCAUUCAUGUCCCGGACUCUGAUAUCGGCGCCCAUUUCAGUACCUUCUUGGAGAAUGGGGAAGGCUCUGAUGUUACUUUCAUUGUCUCUGGGGUUAAGUUUCCUGCUCACAAGCUAGUAUUAGCUGCUCGUUCCCCCGAGUUCGGAAAUGAAUUCUUUAGCGGGCUGGAAGAGGACAAUCAGGAAAUAGUUGUCAAUGAUAUGGAACCCAAAGUCUUUAAGGCUUUGCUGCACUUCUUGUAUACGGAUACUCUUGUUGAAGAUGAGGAGUUCUCGGAGCCAAGUUCAUCAUCUUGCAUGCCUUCUUUGUCUGACGUAUUAGCGGCAAAGUUACUAGCUGCAGCAGACAAAUACGGCUUAACAAGGCUUAGACUCAUGUGUGAAUCUGUUCUCUGCAAGGAUAUAUCUGUCAAUUCUGUUGCCAAUAUCCUCGCCUUGGCUGAUCGCUAUUCUGCUUUCGAACUAAAAUCGGUUUGCCUAAAAUUUGCUGCUGAAAAUCUAGUCGCUGUCAUGGAAACGGAUGGUUUUGAGUUGCUUAAGGAAAACUGUCCACUGCUGCAGUCAGAGCUUCUGAAGACAGUUGCAGGAAGUGAGGAGGAACUAAGUGCAGGGGGAAAGAGUCAAAGCGUAUGGGCGCAGUUUUCUGAUGGUGGGAAUUCAAAUGAUAGGCGUGCAAGACAACAAACCCUGCAAAAUGGAGAGAGAGGUCAAAGAAUUUGGGUCCAAUCUUUGGAUGGGAGUGAUGCCAGAGGAAUGAGUCCUGGGCAAGAAGGUUGAUAUGCUAAAAUACCUUGUAUUAGUUUGUUCGUAAUAUAUGGCAGAUAGAAAUGUAAAAAAAGAAGAGAAACACGAGAAACCAGAUAUUGUCCUGAGAUUUUCUUUUGUUUAUUAUGAAUCAGCGGAGGUGUGAUCUUAAGUUUGAGCUACAGAAUAGCUUUCAUUUUUAGCUCUUCUGGUGAAGAGGUCUCCGAAUUCCAGCUAUCAAUUUAGAGGUGCGAAAUCAGACUCCUGCUGGGCUGGUAGAGACUAGAGACAGUAUUAUCAUAUUAUUACAAGGACGAUAAAGAGAUCUCCAUGUCACACCAAUAAAGUUGAUAAACGAAAGUUAUAAUACAAUAAGUUAGCGGCAUGACAAAACAUUGCAAGCGUGUGGAAUAACAAAAGAGAUCAGUGCAAUGGCACUUAUGAAAUGAAGACAAUUGUUGAUUUGC